AAUGGGAAAAGACUCCGAUUUAUAAUGAGGGGCACUAGGGUUAGGAGUUUCCUGCGAUAAACAGAGACGUCUAAGUAGUAGCAUACUCCGUUUUGGCGAUCGAUCAUGGCAGUGGAGUACGAACUGCUAUGGGAACUGGACAUAGAAGAAGACGGUGCUGAUCUUAAAAAGUCGUCUCUGGCGAGGAUGUAUUUGGACCGGACUACAUCCUAUAGCAAGACAUGGUGGUUGGAUAUGAAAGAAUCCGACUGGAACAAGCAACUUAUGUAUAGGAUUGAGGAGAAUGUUGACGUGAGCGGCAAAUGUGCGGAGAAUAUUGAGUUGGAGAAGAUCCUCAGGGGAGGAUCUGCAAAAGAAGAAGAAGAACUUACGACUUUAAUUGCGGAUAAAGUACUCUCCCCCCUUGAGCCCGUAGUCUCCCUAGACGGACUGAAGGACUUGGCAAGCGUAUUGGUAAAGGGAUGUCGUGAUCGGCUUAUUCUUCUUAUCAAUGGCAACCCCAACUCAAAUUCAAAGUUAUUCUCAAUUGGGGUUGCUGUAAGAAUACAACUCUCUGUAACAUUGCUACUAGGUGCCCCGACCCCGUAUCAAGAUUUCCUGUUGCAGCCGGAGGAGGAAGUUUUUGACCCAUCAUCUCCGAUGCCUCUGCCAAUUGUAGUGCCGGAUGGCUACGAUUUCUUCCAACUUGGCGUUGGUGCAAAAGAGGAUGAAGGAAAAACAUGUGCAAUUUGUUUUGGCAAGUACGAACCGCAGUGCCUCAUGAUUCGCCUCCAAUGUAUGGAUGAACUUUUCCCUAAUCCUAAGAAGCAUAUCCACAAGGAGAGCCACAAGGAGGCAAUAUUGCUGCCAUGUUACCACAUAUUUCAUGCAAAAUGCAUUGCAGGCUGGUUUAAGGUCCCAGGUUAUCAUAGCAAACAUCCUGAAACCGGUUAUAUUACUUGCCCUCUAUGCAGGUUUGGUAUCCCCUCCCGCAUUUACGUGCUUUCUCUUUUACACAGAUUUCCUCUUAAACUGAUGAGAGUUGAGCAUUUAAGAAUGAAUGUUAAGUGAACCAGGUUGGGCCACCAAGCCCAUUGUGUUUGUAUGUAUUUCAAGCCUACCCCUGAGCAACAUUCAAGCAGCACUCCAAAGAAGAGAGAACUUGUGCCAUUUUUAGUGUGCUCAAUUAGAUUUUUCAAUUUUGUUACGAGUCAUUUUUCAGAUGUACCCCUCCCUCCUACAUGUAAUUUAUUCAUACGUUAGUUAUUUUUGUGACUGCUGGCAUAUUUUCCCUUGUACUUGUUAUUUCCGUCAACAACACCACUUAAGCCAACUAACAAAUAUAGUAUGGUGACCGGUGAGCAUAGUAUAUCCAUUUUUUUUUGAAAUUGGAUUUUAAAGAAUGUUUUUGCCCGUCAUUAUUUCUAAGCUAAGUCAGACAUAGUAAAAC